AGUUAACGUGUAUUUAUUGAUAGUGUUAAUAAAACGAUGAAUAAGUCGUGAGCACAUUUUCUCGGAUCUAAUCUCCGGAGCAGCAGGUGGCAGUAUGCACACAGAAGUUGUAUGCCAACAGUCGAAAAACAACAAGUUCAAGUCCCAUGAUUCUUGUCAUCGUCUUAUUCUCAAAAUGGAUGAUCUUGAUGAAGAUCUGAUUUGUGCAGUAUGUCAGGAUAUCUUUGUAGAACCAGUCACUUUACCAUGCGGUCACAACUACUGUGAGCAGUGCGUCAACAACCUGAAACGAUCUUUGAGAGAGACGGAAGGUGAUGAUGAUGAUGAUGAUGAAGAGCGCACGCUGACUCGCCAUUACACGUGUCCUCUGUGUUUGUCCCCGUGUGACUCCAGAGUGGAGCUAAAGAAAAACACUGUGCUCCACAACAUCAUUGAGAAAUACCAGAGUAAAAAAGAAACGGGCAUCGAGUGCAGCGUGUGUAAAGGACAACAGAAACAGUCGGCGGAGAAAGUGUGUGUCAACUGUGACGAGUAUUACUGCAAUGUGCACGUGAUCCCACAUCUGGAGAAUAAGACUCUGCGACAGCACGUGCUGCUGAAUCCAGUGGCGGACUCCAGCAGACUGUGUAAAGAACACGGGAAAGCGCUGGAGCUCUUCUGCACGACUGACGGCACAGCCCUGUGUGUGUACUGCAUGUUACCGGCCGAGGGCAGACACCUGCAGGGACACAAUGUCGUUAAACUCUCUGAUUCCCACGACACUUUUAAGGAGGAGUGCAGAGUUAAACUUGACAAAAUUAAAGCAAACUUAUCGAAAGUUCAAGAUGGACUCUCCAAACUCGAAGAAAAGUCAUCCGCCUCUAAGGAGGAUAUUGAGAAUAUGCAGCAAGAGUGCACAAAGGUCUUGGCCAGAAUGAGGCUGUUCUUAGGCUUUGAAGAGAAAGCCUGGCAGAAGCGUUUCUCUGUGGACCUGGUGCAGGAGGGCCACAGCAUGAGGCAGAAAGCCGAGAGAAUGAACGGACUGAGAAAAAGAUUGCAAGAAGCACAUGAAGCCUUGUUUCAGGCCCAAAACUUUCAGGAUCCUUUGAUGCUUCGGCAGACUUUAAACCACACAGACUGGACUGAUUUGGUUGAUAAACAAACUUGUGAAAAUCAGAUCUCUGAGGCAAUUGAGUGGAAUAAUGCAAAACCCACAGCUCUGUCAAAGAUCUCCCCGUUGCUCCAGUCUAUUCACCAGACAUUUGCAGGAGAUGAUAUUGUGUUAAACUCUUCAUCGGCUCAUCACAGACUGAAGUUUAACCCCGAGCGCACCGCUGUGUGGAUGACGGAUGACACGGGACUUGGUUCUUCUUCUGUGUCCACUGAAGAAUAUUACUGUGUGAUGGGUGAAGUGUCAUUCACCUGUGGCAUCCACUACUGGGAGGUUGAUGUUGCUUGUGUGCACUCGUGGGCAGUUGGAGUGUCAUACAGUUGUCAGUUCGACUCGGGUCUCUGUUCUGGUCUGGGCAGGAGUGAGCUAUCCUGGGCUUUACACUACAGCAUGAACCGCAGGCAGUUCUGUGCCCACCAUGACUGGCUUCAGUUCACUUUCUCAGACACCGGUCUCCCCGCUCGAGUGGGUGUUUAUCUGGACAUAGAUUGUGGCUUCCUGUCUUUCUAUGAUGCGGUUAGGAUUGAACAUCUUUACACCUUUUAUUGUGACCUCCAGGCUCCAGUUUUUCCUGCUUUUAGUCUGAGUGUGCAGAAUACAGCGGGGGCUUCACAGCGAAUGACCAUAUUAAACCCGGUGUCUAGCAGGUGACAAUAACUCAUGACAUCUGAACAACCAAACAUUUGCUUUAUGUAUUGAUCCCACAUAGCUUUAAUGAAUGUCUUUAACGCACUUAUUUGUUUUUUCAUGUUUUUUUGUACCAUGAGUUCACUUGCAUUGUGUUGAAACCCAUAUUUAUCUGCUACUGUAAAAUGCCAUACAUAUUUCAAAGCAUGAUUUACUACAAAUUAUCAUUUUUCAUGCAUUGAGCUCAAUAUUUAUUUAGAAUAUGCAUAUAAUAACUUGAUAUUUUGUUAAUGCAUUCAUGAGGAUAGUCCUUGUAUGCAGGGUAUAAUGUACACAAAAAAGGUUUGUACAAAAUAAAUCCAACACAAGGUUUAACGUUUUAGCUCAACAUUUGUAGGCAACAAUUACUCAAAUUUGGUACACUUGAGUUGAUUGAUUCUUAUCAUUAUUGUUGCGGUGUAAAUACAUUUUUAAUGCCACAUGCUACAAUAAAAUAUCUAACUCAUCUUUUCAUGACAUACUGGCAAUGUUUAAAUAUUCUGAUUGGCCAUCUGGUGGUCUGAUAUUGCUCAACCGCGCAUCCAUUUACUACUGCUAAACUGAUGUGCUAAUAAAAUAUUUAAUCUCGAAACCAA